AUGACAUCCACGGCCACUGAGGUUACACAAGUUCAGAGUCUUGCCGCCAUUCGGAAUUUCAUACGUGUGGCUGUUUCUUGCGUGACCUACCUGCGUGGGCUGUGCAACGACGAGUCGUAUCAGCCGCGGCAAUUUCUCGGUCUGCAGCUCAAACAGUUGGUGCGGUCGUCGCCGGAGGCCGAUGUCAUCUCGCAGUGGAUGGAAGAUGGAGCGUUCGACGCGCUCAACAAGGGAUACUUGAAGGCGCUGUCGCUCUGCAUUUACACCCCAAAUUGCACCGAGCUGCUUGAGAGCUACAGCUUUGCCUUGGCAUACACCCCGGACGGUCAGCGGGCGGCCCUGACCUUUGCAGGUAAUUCACAGAGCGAGGCGGCAAUGCGUCUACCCACGACUGUAACUGCCGCCAUGACACGAAGUCGAAGAAAACGGCACACGCGUCAGGAGGUUCAACAGGCACUUGCAGGUAUUAUCACAAAACUGGUUGAGGUGGUAGAGGGCUUACCGCCGCUCCUCUGCGAGCGUGUCUUGGCGAUGCAGUUGACGUACUACGAAGAUGUCACCCCGCCGACCUACGAACCGCCUUGCUUUGCCCCUGCAAGUGCGCACCUCGCUAGCCUUCAUCAACAGGAGCAGCGUCAGAGUACCAACAUUGCGUCGCUUGAUACGGGUCAUCAUAUGAUGUCUAUUACUAUUCGGCACCGCUUUUUUGACAGGUUGUUGUCACAGUCUUCCAUGCUGGCCGGAAACUCCACCUUGACAGCAUCAACCAUGAAUACUACACACUCAGGUAAGGAGGAGGACGAGGAAGCCGCAUUACACCAUGCCACAGACACGAGCGCCGCGUGUACGCAGAAGUGUCCAGUGAAAAAUUCCUCACUGAGUUGUCCGGCGGACCAGGCAACGACCUCAUCCCCGUCCUCAAAGGACCUCGCUUUUUUUGUUUUUACAUGUUUUGUGCUGACGAGGUCACCGGCUGUUUACCGGGGACGUGUCUCUACGGGAGAAAUUGCCGAGUAUCUUCGUGUCUCAUGCCCACUAGAGAUCACACUGGAGAUGGCGCAUCAAAUGAUGCGUCGGCUGGAGCUGGAGGGUGUUGUCUCUGCGGCAGCGCAGCAAGAGUGGGUUGUGCAUCCACAGUCUGCUGCAGCACUUGCGAGCUCGCUCCUCGCCCAGCGGCAGGUGGUGCCGCUACUCAGCGCACAGAUGCAUCAGGACUUGGAACGCCUUGUCAAGGGAGACGCCACGACACGAAUGAGCGUUGUUGCUGGGCGUAAGCGGCAACGCGCCAAUGCGUGA